AGUUAGAUGACUUCAAAUGGCGGGGAGGUGGUGGAACUCGACCAUGGGGUGGUACGCCUGCCCCUGCGCCUCUCCCUCUCCCUCUCCCUCUCCCUCUCGUAACUCGGUCGUCCGCCUCAAUCUCGGAUUCCAAGAUAUCGCCGAAAUCGCCCACAACAAAGUGCUCAUCUCAGCUGGUGUAUCGGCGGCCAUCGGGCAGCUGUCCAAGCCCUUCACGUCGCCGGAGGGAGAUGCCAGGAAAUUCGAUUUCAGCGCCGCCAUUCGUUCCGGUGGUUUCCCUUCCACCCACUCCGCCGCAGUUGUGGCUACCGCUACCUCCCUUUCUUUCGAGAGGGGAUUCUCAGAUUCAAUUUUUGGACUCUCGGUUGUGUAUGCUGCACUUGUCAUGUAUGAUUCCCAGGGCGUAAGAAGAGAAGUGGGGAAACAUGCCAGGAUGAUGAAUGAAGCUCUGCUGCAGAAAGCACGGGUGAAAGCUCCAUCCGCGGAGAGCAACAGAGUGGGAAAGUCAUCUUCGUCACCCUUGAAUUUGGGUCAAAGCGGCCGGUUUCCGAUGGAUGGAACUGAAAGGGGCUCCUUUAACUUAAAAGUCACAACUACCCCAUUGAUGCUCAGAGCAGACGACACAGAGGAGACAGAAUUGCAGUCAGGAAUGGGUGACGAUGGGGACAAUAAACCUGGUAUAGACGGAGAGAGUGGAAUGAGGCUGAAAGAAUCGGUUGGGCACACAGAGGUGGAAGUUUUAGCCGGUGCUAUAUUGGGCUUCGUGGUCAGCAUGGUUGCAAAUACCUUGAUGUAGUAGUUCUUCCUACAAUACCUGUAUUCUUUCUGUCCUUCCUCCUUGAGUAUGGAAUGGAAACGUUCCUUCAAUUCAUCAUUCUUCUUAGUGACUGCAAAACAAUUGCGGGAAUGAUACGAUCAACUCAUUAGGCAACCGUUUUCUGGUGAUGGCAAGGUAGCCUGCGGGCCCUGUAAUGAUACACUGGCUUGAAAUGCGUGGGUUCUCAGGUUGGUGUGGUCUAUAUACGAGUGCUUGGACAUAGUCCCUCUUUUCUGUC